CGCGCGCGGGCACAGCCUACAGCGAACACAACUUGCAAAAGGACACGAGAAAAACCUUACUGUUAAACUUCAUUUAACUCAUCAGAUUAUUUUCAUCAAACACUUUUAAUUGUUUCAUAAGAGCCGGUCUGUCGGUCUCUCUCUGACUGUCUCACACUUUCUGAUGGCAGAUGUUGAAGAAAAAACGAAUAACUGUGGGACGAUAUGCCUCAAAUACCUCCUGUUCGUCUUCAAUCUUCUCUUUUGGUUGGCAGGGGGCGCUGUGAUGGCCGUGGGAGUAUGGACUUUGGUGGAUAAAAGCGACUAUAUAAGCCUUCUCUCAUCCAGCAUCUACGCGUUCGCAGCGUACAUUUUGAUUGGUGCAGGGGCCAUCGUCGUGAUCACUGGGAUAUUGGGCUGCUGUGCCACCAUCAGAGAACAAAGAAGUCUGCUAAUAGUGUACUUUGUUCUGUUGCUGUUUAUCUUCUUACUGGAGAUCACAGCUGGAAUUUUGGCCUACGUUUAUUAUCAGGAGUGUUUUCCUCUCUGCUACCAGCUGAAUGCUGAACUAAGGGCCGAUUUGAAAGAGCGGAUGGUGCAAAACUACCAGCAGCCGGGACAAGAAGAAAUCACAAGAGCUGUGGACAGACUCCAGCAAGACCUGAAGUGUUGUGGUAGUAACAGCUCAGCCGAUUGGAGGGAGGGCGCAUGGAUUCAGACGUUUGCUGACAGACGACUGGUGCCAGACAGCUGCUGUAAGACCCCAUCAGAACGAUGCGGGGUCAGAGACCACCCGUCUAAUAUCUACAGGGUGGAGGGUGGCUGUAUAUCAAAACUAGAAGAGUUUCUACUUCAACAUCUGCUGAUCUUGGGCUCGGUGGGUCUUGGGAUUGCGUUUUUACAGAUUGUGGGGAUGAUAAUCACCUGCUGCCUGUAUCGAAGUCUGAAAGAAGAUAUAUACUGAAAGAAAAGUUAUAUCAGCUCUGUUCCAACAACAACAACCAAAACAUGACUGUUACUGUGUAUUUUUAAAAUACAUUAUGCAUCAAAGAUAUGCAAGAUGACAGUGAUGAGUCAAUAUUUUUCGGCUGCAGGACAGUCACUCUGAGAAGUUUUUAUUAAUUUAGGUACAAACAGGUGCUGUUGUUUUAGGAGCCCCCAAAUAAUUAUACAAUUAUUAAUGGAAGUAUAUGGAUGGUCCACACUCCCACUGUUCAAACAUCUAUAGUUACAAAUGUUUUAUUUUUGCAGUGUGUUUAUUUAAAGAUCUUUUGUUUUUUGAUUGCUGAUGUUUUAAGCUAUAAUUGUUCCAGUUAUCUUGUACACCAUUGAUGGUCAUACAACAAACAAUAAAACACUUCUGUUAUUCUUUAUUAUUAAACACUGCAGAUAAUUAUUGUCAAUAUGUAGAAUUAA